UGAUCAGCUGUGUCCAAUCACAGCUGAUCGCAUGUAAACAGGGAAAUGCCGGUUAGCGGCAUUUCUCUCCUCACGAGCUGUCACGCUGACAGCUCAUCAUCAGAGCACUGAUGAUCAGUGUGCCCUAAUGAUCUGUGUAGCCCCAGCAGUGCCACCUGUCAGUGUCCAUCAGUGCCAGUUGUCAGUGAUCAUCCAUGCCACCUGCCAGUGCCCAUCAGUGCCACAUUUCAGUGACCAUCAGUGCCACAUCAAUGCCCAUCUGAGCUGCCUUUCAGUGUCACCCAUCAGUGCCACCUAUCAGUGCUGCCAAUCAGUGCCAGUCAGUGCCGCCUAUCAGUGCCAGUCAGUGCCUAUCAGUGUGCAUCAGUGCCACCUAACAGUGCCAGUCAAUGUCGCCUAUCAGUGCCGCCUAUCAGUGUCACAUCAAUGCCACAUAUCAGUGCCCAUCUGAGCUGCCUUUCAGUGUCACCCAUCA